CUCCGAUUCCAGAUUAGGAUCCGUCUUCCGCUCCUUCUGGCACAACAUGACCAGCAAUGACCGACAUUCCACCUUUGACUCCCCAUACAGAACAGGGCGCCAUGUUCCCUUGAACGCGAGGGAUGGCCUGACCUCGAUCGCGACCGCCGGCGAGUCGCGCGCCGAUAUCACAUCCCCCUACCGCGAUGAGUCGGCUCACCAGUUUACCUCCGCCCUCGAUGCCUCUGGAAACCGCAUAUUACCACCCGAAUCCAACCGACCUUAUUCCCCCGGCAUGAGGUCGCAUCGCGCGCGGCAGUCGGCCGCACCCGAUGGUUUCGAAGUGCAGAGCCCGGCUGGUGAGAUCCCCAUGCAGUCUUUCCGCGACGGCAUGCCGCCGGCCCCUUCGGUCAGUAGCUCGUGGCGCAAGAUCGACAAGUGGGCCGAAGAGAACUACCCCGAGCUGUUCGACCAACUCUGCGAAGGAUGCACGUCGAAUGACCUCAACGAUCUCGAACACCAGCUGGACUGCUCCCUUCCGCAGGACGUCCGGGAGUCUCUGCAAAUCCACGACGGCCAGGAGCGCGGCGGCAUCCCCACAGGUAUCAUCUUCAGUGCCAUGCUUCUUGAUUGCGAGGAAAUUGUGGAGGAGUGGACGAACUGGCGCAAGGUCAACGAGGAAUUCUUGCAAAAGCCGAGACUGCUCAGGCCACCAGUUCCUUCAAAGGGCCCUGGUGCAGGCAGCGCUCAAGCAUCUUCAUCCGCUGCCGCCUCAUCCAGCUCGGCUCCUACUUCACCUCGAGACUCGGAUUGGCGACAAGACCUGCUGGCUCGUCAGGACUGCGUACCGCCGGGGUCGAUACAGAAGGCUUAUGCGCACCCCGCAUGGAUUCCCUUGGUGCGCGACUGGGGCGGCAACUGCCUAGCCGUUGAUCUGGCGCCGGGACCAAAAGGUCACUGGGGCCAGGUGAUCAUGUUCGGCCGGGAUUACGACACCAAGUACAUAGUGGCGCGCUCAUGGGCGGCCUUCUUGGCCAUCGUCGCCGACGAUCUCAGCAGUGGGAGGUGGUUUGUCGACGAGGACUCAGGCGAGCUCAAGCUGCGCGAGUUCAAGCAGGCGCGCGUGGAGCCGGCGUACUUUGACAUCCUGAGGUGGAGGAUGGAUCAGAAAUACGGGCGCACCGCCAGCAAGCGAAAGUCGAUGGCGCCGGGUGCGGCAUCGCGUAGUGCGCCGAACUCGCCGUACGCCAACCCGACAGAGCCCAACGGCGAGCACCGCGGCCGUUCCAUGCACCGCCCCAGCGCCAUCUCGCCGAUUCCCAGUCCCAUCCGGCCCGGAUACGGAAAGUCAAGUCCCCUGGCCAGGGUGGCAGAAGAAUCCGGAGCGGCAAGCCCAGUGCUCGGAAAGACAGGAGAUAAAUUGGUUGAGGUCGAUACGCCACGACAGAGCAACGAGGAAAUCAAAGAAAAUGCCCCGAGGUUAACGGCGUUGGCCAACGGCGAGAACCCCGCCGACGAAACCAAGCACGAAACCCAACCAAAUGGUUCAGCGGUAACGAACGGCCAGAAGCCCGCCGUAGAAGUCGAGGAGGCAAUGAAAACGAUCGAGAUUUGAGGGUAAAGCUGCUACGACCGGUCAUGAAGUUG